AUGAUUGACAAAGGAGAAGUGUACAUCUCUAUAAGGAAGUUUGAGAAGAUUAUUAUCAUUUCAAUGUCCUGCAUCUUUGUGCUUGGGAUCCUUGCAGCCUAUGCCUUAGCCACGAAAUGGAAAUGCUUCUCAUUCCACUAUGUUGAGUUUCAGGUGGUGGAACGCACGCAAGACCUGGCACUGCUGAACCAGGGUCUAUCCUCUGAGGUGGAAGAGAGGAAGAGUAUGGAGUUACAGCUUCAGGUUGCCAAGGAGCAGGCAGUCUCAGCAGACAAGGCGAAAUCUGAGUUCCUGGCAAACAUGUCUCAUGAGAUCAGGACACCGUUGAAUGGCAUCAUCAACUGCACUGAGCUCUGCUUGGACACUGCUCUCAGCUCGGAGCAGAUCGAGUACCUUGAGCUUUCCCUCUACUCAGCCAAGCAUCUUCUGCGCCUGAUUGCUGACAUUCUGGACUUCAGCAAAAUCGAAGCGGGAAAAAUGGACUUGGAGAACAUUGAGUUCUCAAUACAGGACCAGAUGGAGCAUGCUGUAUCUGUCCUAGCGAAUCGGGCAAGGAAGAAGGGCCUUGCACUCGUAUCAUGGCUGAGGUCUCCUAACAUGCCAGAAAGUCUCAUGGGCGACCCUGGACGCCUUCUUCAGAUCUUCAUCAACCUUUUGGGAAUCGGCAUACCUCAAGCCAAGCAGUCUCUUCUGUUUCAAGCGUUCAGUCAGGUGCACGCAUCAGAUUCGCGGCUGUAUGGAGGGACGGGGUUGGGGUUAAUGAUCUCGUCUCGCCUGGCCAAUGCCAUGGGCGGCCACAUGUGGGUUGAGAGCGAAGAAGGUUGCGGGUCAACGUUUUGUUUCACAGCCAAGUUCACCGUACCACCUGAGGCCGCAAAACCAUCGUCACUUGCACGGUGUGGCACUCUGUGUCCGAAGAUGAACCACUUCCGCGGGCUUGUUGUGGAUGGGAAUGAAUCGGCCAGGAAGUCCAUUCUUUCGACCCUUGAGAAGCUGAAAGUCAAGGCGGACGAUGCAGCUGACGCAACCUCUGCUUUGGAAAUGCUACAGAAGGCAGCAUACGGCGACUCGCCAUACACCCUCCUCAUUGUCGACUCUGAAGUCAGGGACUCUUCUCAUGUUCCCUCCUCCUCAUCCACCUCCUCCUGCACGUCCUCCUACGAUAACUGUGCUGCAUCCUCCAUCAGCUGUGCGAAGCUGCUGCGACGCAUCAAGGAGCAGAAUUUGAUCCAUCAGGACAAUUUCGGAUGCCGAUUUUCAAAAGGGGAAGGAAGUAGCGGUGCCGUGCAAGAGAUGGAAGAUCUCGCUGGGUAUUCCGAGUCACCUAUGCCCGCUUGGCUGUUCUCUGGAGAGCAGGAAAAGGCCUCAGCAGAAGCAGAAGAAGAAUCUGAUGCCAAUGUGCUCUCUUCAGGACCAGGGGGACGUGCGUCUGCAAAGAGACCAGGCGGGAGUUCUGGUCAACAGCUACAGUCAGCUACAAAGGGCGGACUCGCAGUUAGCCAGGCACAGGAUUCCUGCUCUGCAACUGAGGCAUCGGACGUCUGCACCCACACUCUCCGUCGCAUGCCGAUCAUUCCUCCUCUCUCCUUUUCGCAGGAUGGGCUGUCUGCCUCAAAUUCAAGUGCUUCUGAGGAGGCUUCGGCAUCAGCAGCGGCUGAGAGGAGUCUCAAGGUCCUUGUUGCAGAGGACAACAUUGUGAACCAGCGGGUAGCCAUGACUCUCUUGCGCAAGUGGGGGCACGAGGCGGUUCUGGCUAGUGACGGUGAAGAAGCCGUGGAGAAGGUCCAGGCCGAAGUAUUUGAUGUGAUACUAAUGGACGUGAGUAUGGCAACAACAUCUUCUUCACCGUCUGGGGCAGGUGAAGAGGCAAAAGGUGAAAAGCAGCAAACCCCAGUGUUUCCUCGGAGUACAAGCGUCAGCCUGCCCGUGAGAAAUGUUUUGGUGAUCCCGGGUGGAAAGGAGAGGACGGGGAGCGCGGGGGAGGGGGGUAAGCGGCGGGGGGAAGGGCAACGGAGUGAUGGGGAGGGGGAAGGGGGGAAGGAGGAUGGGGAAGGGGAGGGAUGGAAGGAGAGGCGGCAGGCGCAGGCGGAAGCUGUGACACGUGCCAUGCAGCGAUUGGACGCGGGGAAGGACGGCAGGGCGGCUGAAGUCGCGGCAACUCCAAGGGUAAGCCACGUAGUAGACGUGACGAAGCUCCAUGGUUUGAAAGAUUCAAGCGCAUGCUGCAGCGAGCAGAAUCUCCUCCCCUCCCCCCUCACACCCUCCCCCCUCACACCCUCCCCCUCCUCCCCACCCCUCCCCGCCCCCCCCAACUCCCUCCCCCACCCCCCUCCUCUCCCCUCAUGCAUGCUGCGCCGACGCAUGCUGCAGCGAGCAGCAACACCUCCACCCCCGACACCCGCCCCUCUCUUACAGGAGGAGCGUUUGCUCCGCUUGUCCCGCCAACAGAAGCGCCAACGCAUGCUGCAGCGGGCGGCUGCCGCCCUUCCCACCUGCAAACACUCCCCCACCUUUACCCCGCUCCCGCUCCCCGCCUGCAGGAAGAGCGUUCGCUCCGCCUAUCCCGCCAGCAGAAGCGCCAACGCAUUCUGCAGCGGGCGGCUGCCGCCCUUCCCACCUGCAAACAAACCCCCCCUCUCUCCCCCCCCCCGCGUAUUUUUACCCCCCUCCCGCUCCCUCCUUGCAGGAAGAGCGUUCGCUCCGCCUAUCCCGCCAGCAGAAGCGCCAACGAAUGCUGCAGCGGACGGCUGCCGCCCUUCCCACCUGCAAACAAACCCCCCACUCUCCCCUCCCCCCCGCGCAUUUUUACCCCCCUCUCGCUCCCCAUUCUCCUUCCCUUAA